UGUGGCUCCCGGCCGCGGAGGAGUCGGCGACGUCGCUGAGGCGCCGGGGCCCGAGCGGCCGCCUCCUCCCCGCUAGCGGACCCGGCCCGGGGCGCCCCGCGCAGGUAAGCCGCGCGGAAAGGUCUUGGGCGCCGCCGGCGGGCGCCGAGCCGCGGCAGGUGUCGGGGACCGGGGCGCGCGGGGAGGCAGGUUGACGGAUCACUUCAAGUCAAGACUCAGUGUGCCUGCUGAGCUGUGGCCCAGGUUCAGAGCCAUGCCAGUCUGUGGGUGAAGCUUAGGGCAGUGAUGGAGCCACUGCCUCAGCAGCAGCAACAGCAGAAGGCACAGAAGCUGCCACACCCGGCUCCUUCGCAGAUGGAUGCCAGAGAGAAGCAGGGAACACAGAUGAGAGAGGCCCCAUUCCUCUAUGCCCAAAAGCUAGCCACACCGCCGCCUGUCCUUCCCGUCAUGCCUGGAAGACCGUCUGGCAGCCCUGCCCUCGGUCCUCUAGCCAGAGUUCCACCAGCCACACCAGCGGCCCGAGGUUUUGAACAGAGCAGUGUGAACUCAGAGCCCGAGGAAGAAGAAGGCGGUGUGGAGGAUGAGGAUGGGGAUGACGAUGUGGCAGAAACAGCUGGAAAGGAGGCCCAGGCUGCUGCCACGUAUUUUCAGGUUCAGAAAGCAACUCGCCAAGACCCCCGAGCACCCCCCGUGCCCAGUCUGCUUCCAGCCCCAGGGCUCCCACCACCAGUACCCCAGGUUAAAGAAGACCCUACCAAAGAUGUGUCCCCGGCACCACCUUCCAUCUCCACAGCUGGGCAGCCACGCUGGAGUCUGGAUGAGCCGCUGAAGCAGAACGGAGGCUUGGCCUGGAGUGAGGAUGCGGACGGAGGCCGGGGAAGAGAGAUCUCGCGAGAUUUUGCCAAGCUGUAUGAACUGGACGGUGACCCCGAAAGGAAAGAGUUCCUGGAUGACCUCUUCAUCUUUAUGCAGAAGAGGGGGACCCCCAUCAACCGGAUCCCCAUCAUGGCCAAGCAGAUCCUGGACCUGUACACGCUCUACAAGCUGGUGACAGAGAAGGGGGGCCUGGUGGAGGUCAUCAACAAGAAGAUCUGGAGGGAGAUCACCAAGGGCCUGAGCCUGCCCACCUCCAUCACCAGCGCCGCCUUCACCCUCAGGACCCAGUACAUGAAGUACCUGUACGCCUACGAAUGCGAGAAGAAAGCCCUGAGCUCCCCGGCCGAGCUCCAGGCCGCCAUCGACGGCAACCGGCGGGAAGGCCGGCGGCCCAGCUACAGCGCCCCCCUCUUCGGCUACUCCUCCGCCGCCACCGCCGCCCCCAGCACCCCCGCCCUGCUCUCGCCACCCAAGAUCCGUUUCCCCCUCCUGGGGCUGGGCUCCAGCAGCCCUCGGAUGUCCCCAGCCUCCACUCUCAGGAAAGGUGACGGCGUCCCGGCGACCCCCGUCCCCGUGCCAAAUCGCCUGGCCGUCCCCGUGAGCAUGACAGGACAGCAGGCUGGCUCCCGCACCGCCACACUGGAGCAGCUGCGGGAGCGGCUGGAGUCGGGGGAGCCCGCCGAGAAGAAGGCCUCCAGGCUGUCGGAGGAGGAGCAGCGGCUGGUCCAGCAGGCCUUCCAGCGCAACUUCCUCAGCGUGGCCCGGCAGCUCCCCAUGAAAGUCAGGAUCAACGGCAGGGAAGACAGGGCCGAGGCCUCCGCCGCAGCGCUCAGCCUGACCACAGGCAGCAUCGGGAGCAUCAACAUGUCUGUGGACAUCGACGGCACCACCUAUGCAGGCGUGCUGUUUGCCCAGAAACCUGUGGUGCACCUCAUCGCGGGCGCUGCUCCCCAGAGCCUGGGCAGCAGCGCCAGCAGCAGCAGCAGCAGCGGCAGCUCCCACUGCUCUCCAAGUCCUACCUCAUCCAGGGGCACCCCCAGCGCAGAGCCCUCCACCAGCUGGUCCCUCUGACGGGCCGCGCCCAGCGCCACCUCCGCCCCUGCCUAGAGGGGGGGAGCCCACGCACAGAAUUUACCUCAUCUCAUGGAGCCACGGGAGAGUGGAUUUGUCCAGGCUCCAUUCAGGUCCUGCUGUACUCCGGGGACAGGGAGGGGCCGAAGGGGCGGGGCAGAGCAGCGUUGUCCAAUCAGGGAUUGCACUGGGGACUGGGCGGGGUCUGGGUGGUCCACCUUCCUCCCGGGCUUCCCCGCCACCUCCCACCCCAGCGCAGUGUAUUGACAAUCUGUAAGCCGACGCAGGGCUGGACGCCCUCUUGUUUCCCUUCCUCCUUAAUUUAUUUCCCUCUUCCGGCUCCUGCCCAGACCCCACGCCCACUGGGCUCUGCCUCCGCCCAGCCCCACGACUCGUAAACCCACGCGGGGCUGUAAGCGCCCAGAGCCCGUCUGCUGACGAGGGACGGGGCCCUGCCAGCCCUUCUUGCCUACUGUUUGAUUGCUGGGGUGUGGGGCCCUCCUAGCCACGUCUUGAAUCAGCACUCGAGGGCAG